UCUCUCUAGUCUCUACCUUGUUCGCACUUCCUUCGUCGCACAGUAUCAGUCCACGAUAGAGAGAGUAAGCGAGGGAGGAGAGUGAUAAAGACGAUAUCUUUUCUUGUCAAAAGGUGUAAACCUAACUCUCUCUCUCAAAAGUCUUAUCAUAAUUCGCUGUGAUUUCGUUUUCUCCUUUUUUUAUCUUCAAAAUUCAAGAUUAGGGUUUCGUUGGAGCUUGAUUGAUUGACAGGGAUAGAGAGAGAGAUUUGAGGGGGUGAUUUAAUUGGAGGUGUUGUUGUGAGCCAAUGCAAUUAGAUUGGGUGGUAUUUGGAGUAGCGAACAAAAGUGAACUCCAUGUCGUGGGCUGGCCCUGAAGAUAUCUUCCUCUCGACUUCGCUUGCUAGCUAUCUUGAUAAAAAGCUCCUUGUCUUGCUUCGAGAUGGUAGAAAGCUCUUGGGGUUGCUGAGGUCUUUUGAUCAAUUUGCGAAUGUUGUUCUUGAAGGUGCAUGCGAACGAGUUAUUGUUGGUGACCUUUACUGUGACAUCCCCUUAGGCCUCUAUGUAAUCCGUGGGGAGAAUGUUGUAUUGAUUGGAGAACUGGACCUGGAUAAGGAAGAACUUCCUCCACACAUGACUUGUGUGUCAACUGAAGAGAUUAAGAGGGCUCAAAAGGCCGAAAAUGAUGCUACGGUUCUGAAGGGCUCCAUGAGAAAAAGAAUGGAAUUCCUGGAUUACGAUUAAUGAUAUCGGUUGUUAUGUUACUGCUCUGCUGUGUCCGCAAAUAUUUGUGCGACAGUGACCCAGUAACGAUAGUCUGGAGUAAAAGCUCAGGUUCUUAUUUUCUUCCUCUUGCUGGGAGUUCUGAAGACCGAUUUUGAUGAGGUUGAGAGUAAGUUGAUUUUUUGGACUCUUCAAGGCAGGGAGAAUGGUUUCAUUAUUUAUGUAGAAUGAGGAGUAAGUUGAUAUGUGCAAUACAUAUUUUGGGUACUUCAGAUUUGGUUACACUGAUGAUGCUUUGUGGCCACAUGUUUAAUCUCAUUCCCCUCCCCUCGUCAGUAUUUUCCCUUUCCAUUGAACACAAGUUGAAAUUGCUGUGGUUUGAUGCUUUGGUGCCUCAUUUUGUAAUGGCACUUUCCCUUUCACUUCAUUUUGUAAUGUGGUUAUUUAUGCAAUCCAGAUGACAUUUACUGGUAGAAAGUUAAUGAUUUUGCUGCUUCAA